AUGGCAAGUCUUAGCUAUCUUGUUUAUGUGCUGGUAAGCCUUUUCAACCCAGUUAGCUACCUUCUUUAUGGUCAAGAUCACUUCAACAAUAAACCUGCAGACGAUAAUGAGGUACGAUAUAAGGCAUUGUUCGUGUUCGGAGACUCGCUGUUUGACCCUGGCAACGAUCAAUACCUCCCUAAUGUCACCUUCGAAGACUACCCAGCAAUGACAUGGCCAUAUGGAGAGACCUACUUUCACCGUCCAAACGGAAGGCUUUCCGAUGGCCGUAUAGUGCCGGAUUUUAUCGCCAAGUUCGCAAAUUUGCCUAUGCUUCCACCCUACCUGCAACCAGAUCCAAAAACAUUUACUGAUGGAGCCAGCUUUGCUUCAGCUGGAGCUGGAGUUCUAGUUGAAACUGAGCCAGGAACUAUAAAUCUUCCAUUACAGUUGAGUUAUUUUAAGAACGUGACAGAAUUGUUGCAAGAGCAACUCGGUGAUGAAGAGGCCAAGAAGUUGCUGGGUAGCGCUGUGUACUUUAUUAGCAUGGGAGGCAACGAUUAUUUCACCUUCUACGCCAACUACCAAGAAAAUGCCACCGAGGCCCUUAAGCAUGAAUUCAUAGAAACUGUGAUAGGCAACUUGACCACUGUUCUCCAAGGAAUAUACGACUUAGGAGGAAGGAAAAUCGCAUUUCAAAAUGCCGGACCUCUUGGAUGCUUACCUUAUGCAAAACAAGAAUAUGACACUCAAGGGUGCGUCGAAGGGCUCCAGAGUCUGGCGAGGCAGCACAACAACGCUCUAGCCAGUGUCCUCAAAGAGCUCGAGAGCCAACUACCGGGAUUCAAAUACUCAAUAUUCGAGUACUAUGAUGCUCUUGGCGAUCGAGUACUUGACCCAGCUAAAUACGGCUUUAAGGAUGGAAGAGAUGCAUGUUGCGGUAGAGGGGCAUACAGAGGAUCUGAUUGUGGCGGACUCAAUGGAACAGUGCCUUAUGAGUUAUGCAGUAUUCCUGGAGAUAGUGUGUGGUUUGAUGGCAGUCAUACAUCUGAAAGGGCAAACCUGCAGUUGGCGGAGCUGAUUUGGAGUGGAACAUCAAAUGUGACAUGGCCUUACAAUGUCCAACAGCUUUUUGAACAAGACUAGUUCCAAGGGCCGGUGUACAAAUUUGAGAUCUGUCCCUUGAUAUGGUCCAGGAUCAUUGCUAAUUACGCUAUACUUCUUUCUUC